CUUUUUCCCCCGCCUCCAUUUUGUUCGCGGACGCUGGGGACGGUGGGAGCAGAUCCAUUUCCGGGUUGGCAAAAGGGGCGGCGGUGGCGAAAAAGGGAGCUAGCCGCGGGGGGGGCGAGCAGACCGGGACGAAGCCGGAUCGGAGGUGGCGGAAGAUUUGCUCCCGGGGCAGCUGUGGCCAGAACACAUGGAAGCACGUCGUAGUUCUGUGUUGACAUCAGUUCUCAAGUAAUUAUAGGAACCUGUUUGGCUUCUGCUGUUUGUAAUUCUCGUAAAAUGGCAUGUAUAUGAGUGACCUAAAGCUGCAAACUAAAACGGAGAGAGAGCAGUGCCAACUGCAAGCCAGGAAAGGAUGCCAAUUCCACCUCCACCCCCUCCUGGUCCGCCUCCACCUCCCACUUUUAACCAGGCAAACACAGAGCCGCCCAAGCUGAGUAGAGAUGAGCAGCGGGGCCGAGGUGCCCUCCUACAGGACAUCUGCAGAGGGACCAAGCUGAAGAAGGUGACCAACGUUAACGACCGGAGUGCUCCGAUCCUUGAGAAGCCCAAAGGAAGCAGUGGUGGUUACGGCUCUGGAGCAGCGGCCCUGCAACCAAAGGGAGGUCUUUUCCAAGGAGGGGUGCCGAAGCUCCGGCCUGUGGUCGCCAAGGAUGGAUCAGAGAACCUCACUGGUAAGCAAGCCCUCCAAGUUCCCAGUGCUCGAGCUGCUGCCCCAAGGCCUCCAGUGUCGACAGCCGGCGGGCGUCCUCAAGAUGAUGCAGACAGCAGCCGGGCCUCGCUCCCAGAACUGCCCCGGAUGCAGAGACCCUCAUUACCGGACCUCUCUCGGCCUAACACCACCAGCAGUACGGGCAUGAAGCACAGCUCCUCUGCCCCUCCUCCACCACCCCCGGGGCGCCGUGCCAACCCCCCCCCUGCACCUCUGCCUAUGCACAGCAACAAAGCCCCAGCCUACAACAGAGAGAAACCCUUGCCGCCCACACCUGGACAGAGGCUUCACCCUGGUCGAGAGGGACCUCCCGCUCCACCCCCAGUCAAGCCACCUCCUUCUCCUGUGAAUAUCAGAACGGGACCAAGUGGCCAGUCUCUGGCUCCUCCUCCUCCGCCUUACCGCCAGCCUCCGGGGGUCCCCAAUGGACCCUCCAGUCCCACUAAUGAGUCAGCCCCUGAGCUGCCACAGAGACACAACUCUUUGCAUAGGAAGACCCCAGGGCCUGUCAGAGGCCUAGCGCCUCCUCCACCCACUUCAGCCACCCCCUCUUUACAGAGUAACCGGCCGCCUCCCCCAGCCCGAGACCCUCCCAGUCGGGGAGCAGCUCCUCCUCCCCCACCACCUAUGAUCCGAAAUGGUGCCAGGGAUGCGCCCCCUCCCCCCCCACCAUACCGAAUGCAUGGGUCGGAACCCCUGAGCCGAGGAAAGCCCCCACCUCCUCCUUCCAGGACGCCAGCUGGGCCACCCCCUCCUCCCCCACCUCCCUUGAGGAAUGGUCACAGAGAUUCCAUCACCACUGUCCGAUCCUUCUUGGAUGAUUUUGAGUCAAAGUAUUCUUUCCAUCCAGUAGAAGACUUUCCUGCUCCCGAAGAAUAUAAACACUUUCAGAGAAUAUACCCCAGCAAAACAAACCGAGCUGCUCGUGGUGUCCCACCUCUGCCACCCAUUCUCAGGUGAAGCCUGGCGUGGUCCUGUUCCUCAGGAAAAAGACGGACCCUCUCCUCCUCUCAGACGGCCCUUCCCAUUCCCUUGAAACCUGCAUGAGAGCUCCUAACGUGUUUCUCCAGCGCAGUCAACCUCUAGACUCCAAGCGUCCUCCCAGCUCACCUCCAUCUAUGCAUAUCAUCUGUGGACUUGGUGAUCGGACUCUUUCUAUUGACAGUAGGGUGUCAAACCCUGCACCAUCCCUUCUUAGCCAUCCCUGCUAGCCAGAUGAGGAAAAAGCUUCCAUGUCUCCUGCUUUCCUCUUGGGGAAAGGUGCCUUGUUGAGAUGGAUUAACUCGUCGCUGGGGCAGGGUGGGGAAUGGUACUCCCCCCUCCUCCCACACGCUGUGGGGGCAAGCUUGGUGGAGAUGCUAUAGUUCAUCAUUCAGAAGGCUGGCUUGGCCAGGACUUCUGGGGGAUGGGCAUUUUAGUGAAACAGGAAAAGAAUUUGCAGAGAAGUGAUCUGUUUUAAAGGUCAGGUUUGGGAAAAGGGCAAGGAAAUGGGUCUGCUUUAUCAUUAGGGAUAUUCUGGUUUUAUUUUCAUCCCAUUCCACAUUCCCACCCCAGGGAUAAGUUGGAUUUAAACACUAAAUACUAAUCAGUUGAACUAAACUUUAAUAAAAGGGGGAGUAACAUAAUCUCUUUAAUUAAAAGAGGAGAUAAAAUAAUGUGGGGGUCUUUUUAGAGCUAGUUCGUUCCUCUGCAGCAAAGGGACCAUGAGCCAUUUGAGUCCUCUGGGACUCCCUGUUCCAUUUCCCCAGGUGCUGAGGUGGAGGGAUGCUUCCCCUCACCACCCAGCCCCUCAAGAGAAAAGUCACUUUCAUUCAUUCCAGAUUCACACAUCCCAGUCACCUCCAGUGCAGGAUAGGGUCUGGGUCUGACCUUAACCUUGACCUUGAGUCUGCCUCAGUCUUUUCUGACUGUCCUGAAAGGCUACUGACCCCUUCAGUCCUGUGUGGAAACUUUAGCCCCUGCUGGGAGCUCCAGGAUAACAAGUAAGGGAAGGGUGAAGCCCCUUGUGGAAGUGACCAGCUCUGUGGGCCACAAAAGACUCAGACCUGCUCGUUCUGAGGUUCACAGCCCAUCUGACUGAGCAGGCUCUUUCUCUUCCUUUCGCCACCAUCCUUGCCUUCCCAAGAUUGUAGGGUUAACAUGGCCGAGUAGAGAAGGGCGAGGAGGCUUAUGUGGGUAGUGAAAGAUUCCUCUGUGCACAGACUUCAGUGAGGUGUGCCUCAGGCCACUCGCUCUUCCCUGGCAGCCAGCAAUAUGCUGUUUCUUCGUCUUUCAGGUCCCAGUUAAAGAGCACAGAGAAAGUAGAGGUUCCCAGUCUAGAUAGGAGCUAGGGACUUCCCCUUCUCCGACAGCAGGAUGGGUCACCCAGACUCCACACCCAAGUGGUCUGAUUUUCUACUGCUCCUGCCAAGUUGCAGAGCCUGCUCAAAACUUGGAGUGAGAUCAGGGAGGCUGCGGCUGUUCCUUGAAAUGGAUGGGGGAAGACAGUUGAAACUUUUCAUCAGAUCCGUGACAAGCUGAAAUCACCCAUGUGGGGACUUCACAGUCUAUUGGAUCUCAGACUAAGGAUCUGAGUGUAUAGCCAGAUGAAGCCCGUCUUCCCAGUGCUAGAUGAGAGAGGACUUUUUGUGGGUUCCUUAUGUGGAGGCUGCUACCCUUUGCCACUCCCUGGACCAUUGACAAGCUUGAUUGGGUCAGUCACCAAACUUACUCUAAUCAUUCUUACUUUCUGAUCUGUUAGAAGUGACCAGAGCUGAGGCAGGGGAUGCUAGUGAAGGGAAAAGGAGAGAGGACAAGAGUUGAUACUACAGCAGCAUUCCAGGGUAGAUGCUGACCGGUUACUGAACUUGGACUGUGAAGUCUUCCCAUUUGUUUUUGAAAUGGGAGUUGAUGCCUUUUGUACAAUGUUAUCAGUGUAUUUUUUUUCCCUUUUACUCAAACUUGAGCAUCAAAAUUAGUAUUACAAGUAACAGCCAAAUCCCAACUUUUCAUUGGGGCUGAGAACCUCCUCUCCUGACCUGCUGCCCCCCAUAUCCCCCAGCAUUUGGAUUAUGUCACAUGGAUGUUGAUUGUGUUUUCAUUUUCUUGGCCCCAUGAAAGCAGGCCGAGGCCUAGAUCUAAUCAGCUGUGUUUUCUUCAGAGCAUGUUGAUGGCACAGCACCUUUUUAAAUGUCUCUGCCUUAUACAUCACUUAGUCCCUCUGUUAAUAACAAAUUUAUUAUCAUGUAUAUUUACUGUUGAAAAAAUGGGAAUGUGAUCCUUAUAGUAAUUGAUCUAUUUUGUAUGUUGUAAAAAGCUUGUAAUAUAGAUUUAAGGUGGGCUGGCUGCAGGAGCACUAAAACUUCUCACCUUUUAAACUGCUCUCUUUAUCUGCUGUGGGAAUGUCGUCUCUUCAGUGGGAGACUGGGUGGCCUCAUGUUGAGGCUAUUGCCCAGUCCCCUGAACCCUCUUACCUUCUCCCAAAAGGAAGAGACACUGCCCAGCAAGCACCAGGAAGCUGUGUGAAAAGCCCUUGUGUGGGGUUGGUUUUAUGAUGUUCUUCCCUAGUGGGAAAAACUUAUUAGAUGUUUCUUAGCACCCUUUCUGGGAAGCAGGGCAGUGGCCUCCAAACUUUUAAACAAUCUAGAUGUCCCACUUCCCCCUGCUCUGUGGUCAACCAGCCUGUAUCAAAGCACUUUGCUAUUCCAGGUGUGGUUCUCUCUGUUGUGGGAGUUUCCUCCAGCUGCAGAGCCCCAUUUUCACAACCAGGGCCUGCAGAGCACGAGCGCCUUGGGCUGGCCCCUGGAUGGAGGUGAGGCUGCUGUUUGUAGGAGUUCAUCGCAGUCCCCCAGGCUGGCAAAGGCAAGGAGACUAGCUACUGGCUCCUGCACUGGGGCAUCCUCCCUCCCCAGGGCUUCCCAACUUGAAACUUAGAUUUACCUCCAGGGAGAGGUGAGAAAAAAUUGUAAAUAGACUUGCUACAGAGCAACUCAGGGUUGGGGUGUGUUUUAAUUCUCCUGAUCACUUGAAAUAAUCUGUAGGUGAGUGCUCAUGGGAGUUGGGGAGAAGUAUGACUCCAGGGUCCUUCCCUUCUGCAAAGUUCUGGGGGCGGAGUACAGGGCAUGUGAGGCCCUUUGACGGCACUACACUGAGCUGUCUGUCCUGGAAACCCAACGGCUGAUCAACUGCAAAUCAGAUUCUUCACAUUCCAAGUCAUCAUCUGUCUCUUUUGAAUCUCAGUCCUUGGCUGUGAGGUCAAGGUGGCUGUCUGUAAGCCACCCUAAUUGAGGGAAUGGGAGGCAUCGCAACUCUACCUUCAAGAUUCAUCUCUUAACAGUAAAAUGAAAAAAAUCACAGCCACCUUCAAAAUACAUACAACAAAAAAGGAUCACUGUUUAACUGAAGGAAGGGUUUGGUUCCAUUCAACUCCACGGUCAUUGUGCCUUUACUUGUGUUAGAUUUCUGUGCUUUCUCCCUCUCUCCCUCUUUGAAGCAAUUAAAAUCUUCCUUGAUAACUGCUGUUUCCUUCUUUUCUCCUCUCGUUUCUAAUAACUUAGUGUGUUCCCGCUCUAGUUGUCUUAAAUCUCAUUCCACUGGCAGUCAAGGGGCCUAGCCUUCUUUUCUCUGACCUUUGUCCUUUCCUGUGACGACCAGCAUGGAAGUCAUAAUUAACACUGAAUAAAAGACUAGAAUGACAGGUGUGCAGAGAGAGAAAAUGUGUGUGUAUGUGUGUGUGAGUGUGUGAAUAUGCGUGUGAGUGCAUGCAUCUUUGCAUGUGGAUUAGUUUCUUUAAAAAAUAAUUUAUUGUAUGAUUUAUUUUGAAGUUAUAUUCUGAAUACAGUGCCCCCUCUCCCAAUUAGCAUUGAUUCUCCUCCCACCCACACGCCCACUGUAUGAUUUGGUCUCAGGUUGGAUUCUUUGGUACAGUUCUUCUGGAUGCCAUGCAGUUUAAUUAAACCUUGCUUAAAAACAAAAACAAAAAACUGAAAAUUGUGUGCUCUUGUCUGGAAUUCCGCUUCAAGUGGUGGUGUAGAGAGGGGAGAACAUGUGUUGCCCCAGGUUGGUUUAGUGGUUUGACUCCAGGCCUCUGAGCAAGUGGAGGCCCUGGCGUGGGUGAAGCAUCUGCCGCUUCCCAGGGAUUUUAUCUUCUCUCCUCUUGCUUUGGUUUGAAAAUCACAGUGGUGUUUAGCCACGCCAACGGACUGGUUCUGAUGGAGUUGAUCAUUUGUUUUAUAUCUGCCUCCUAACCCAUGAUUACCCAUGAUUUUGGGAACCCAGGAGACCCUCUGGCCUUGUGUCCCUUCCUUAUCUCCCCUGUGAGUCUGUGGGCCUGUGUUGCGUGGCAGAUUCUCAGUUGCAGAGUGGAAGAAAAGGUGGGGGCGGAGCGAGCACACUGUAGCUAUUUUUAGGUGAGUAUUGCCUGUUUCCCUGCUUUUUAGGUUGAAAUCUUAACUGGUUUUCUUGAACUUUGACUUUAGGUGUAGAAAUUGAACCACACAUCCCUCUGUUCGCCGUGGUCAGCUGACAUAAUCACCACUGAGACUUAAUGAGCUUAACUUGCACUUUCAUCACUAGCAAAGGUCUUGAAAUUAUUUCCAUACUGAUUCAUAAUCGGUGUGUGUGAAUCACUCUCACAUAAUUUAGAUAUAAAAACCUAUGGGAGGAAGGAGGGGGAAGGCCUCCUUUCAUUUUCAUCCAUAUUUGCCAGAUUGGCUGAAUUCCUAAUGA